CUACGCCCAACUCACGGUUACGGAAGGAAUACCAGACAGAAAUAAAGCAGCAAGGUUUCAAUAUUAAAGUGGUGGAGAAAGCCGGAAUCGCCAUUAAACGACUACUCCAAAAGUCCGACCCAUUUAAACCGCGACAGUGUGGACGAGAAGACUGCCCAGUGUGUAGCACAGGUGGAAAAGGACCGUGUGAUAGAGAAAGUGUGACGUAUGAGAUUAAGUGUAUCCAGUGUAACAGCGUAUACGUAGGGGAAACAGCCAGGAGCGCGUAUACCAGAGGGAAAGAGCAUACGAAAUCACUUAACAAUAAGGAAGAACGAUCUGCAUUGUGGAAACACUGUGCGCCUGACAAACCGACCAUCACAAAUGAAGAUGGUGAAGUUGACGUGGAUUUCACUGUAACCUGGUCAACACCACAGGCUAAUGGUAGCAAUAGGAACACUGAAUACAGAAUAGAAUGGAGGAAGGAACUGAUGGUGGGGUCUGUAGAAGUUCGUAAAAUAGAAAACACUGGGAAAACUUGCUUCAAGAUCACAGGUCUCGAGUAUAACUCAAAGUAUGAAGUGAAGCUUUUUGCUGUCAAUACACAGGGAGACAGUGAACCGGAUAUCAGAACAUUCAAGACAAAGAUUGGUGGUUUGAUGAAUAUUAUUGUUGAUGUAGCCAGAGCAAUAUUUGGUAGGCGCCAAAUGGCUCAGCGCGAGAUGGAAUCUGCUAGAACUGAGAAAAUCCUUGGCUUGAUUGCUGAGAAUUACCUCCAGACUACACCACCACAGUCGAGUGAAGAGCAUAAUCGUUUUAAAACAUACUUGACAGAAAUGAAGGUGCUCCUUACAGGUGUCUCUAGAGGAAGUUUGUUGAUAACGGUGAGGUGUGAUUCUCUUGAAAGCUUGGAGAGAUUGUGGGAAGAAAACUCAUGCGGCCAUUUGGAUAAGAUGGUUCAAGAUUGUUUUGUUACUGAAAAGGUCAUGAAGGAACUGCACCUGGUAGAGCUUAAGCUGAAGACAACAAUGGACAUAGAGGAGUACAAUGCAUGCAAAGUGUACUUUGAAAGAGAUGCACUCAGAGCUCUAAAAAGCUCCUCUGGUAGACAGUUUUCUCAUUCAUCUAUGGAAUCUGGACAGCAUCCUCUUUCUUCAGCCCUUGGAACUCAAGGCAAAUCUCUUCAAGGGAGAAGUCACACUCCGGGAGACAAUCUCCUCAUGGCUUCUGCCACUCCAUCAUAUCCUUCUACCAAAGAAACCUCUAAUUAUGCUCAGCUGUGUCGCCUUCUCGUCGAUGUUGGAUCAUGUGUGUUAAGAGAGAUCUUUGACAGGAUAUGUCCACCAGGACACCUUCAGACUGUUCUGACUGAUGCUACAAAUCGUGCAAAAUUGCAAACACUGCGAAAGAAAAGAGUCCUGAGUACCUCCCAGUGGGGGAAACUGUAUCCUGCUGUGAAAUCAUCAGUUUCCUCAAUAAACUUUGAAAGCUCCCUGCUGAUACUUCUUCUGAGGAACAUUUGGGGUCUGACUCUCCCUGCCUCUGGCCGGGAUGACCUUCCUCUGGUAACAGACACCACUCCAGCAGCUGACAUCACUCGCAUCAUGUAA